UAGAGGCUCUUCUUCUUCUUCUUCUUCUUCGUCUCUAAGAUUUAACACUUCUCAUUGCUCUUCUUCUCUCUACUGCCAAAUCCACAAAUGAAGCAUAAUUACAAAGAACCCACCAACUCAUUCUCCAACUUUAACCUAUUUAAAUGACGAAACUACUCACCACCUCCUCCUCCGCCUCCGUCGACGCUGUCACGGUUACUCUUAUCAGCCUGAUUCUACUAUCCAUUUCCUCUCUUCCCUCGCUCACCCAUGCUAUUGGCUCCGGCUCCACCAUCGCCGUCAGUUACGGCUCCGCCACUGUCUGCGCCGUCGUGGCAAGUCAGCCCACCAAACGUAUCCUCUGUUACAAUUACGGCUCAUUAACGACUAUCCGAGUCGAACCCAACACCUCCUACUAUUAUAUCUCCGCCGGCCGAAACUUCUUCUGUGCCAUUCGCUCCAAUGGCUUCAGUCUCCUCUGUUGGGACACGACUGGAUAUUCCAGUUUUGUCUCCAAAAGAAUAUAUUACAACCACGACGUUUUGUUAAACAAUCUCGCCAUCGGAGAUGAUCACGUUUGUGCUACCACAACUAACGGUGAAGUUAUUUGUUGGAGAGGGUCUGUUAACAACAACUGUGAUAACUUUCCUUCUCAGCAAGAAAAAUUCGGGGAAAUUACAUCCGGGUUCGGGUUUUCAUGUGGAAUCUUGAUGAAUACAAGUAGAGUUCGUUGCUGGGGAAGUAAUUCAAUAGCCAAACAAAUCGAACAUGAAUUCACUAACAACUCCAUGUUGAGUAUAGUUGCAGGUGCUUCACACGUCUGCGGGAUUGAUUGGAAUCGUUCGGUAAUUUGUCACGGAAAUAACAAAACGGGACAGUUGAGCGUUCCGUUACAUUCUUCCGGGUAUAGUUCGUUAGCUUUAGGAGAGAAUCACAGUUGCGGGAUUCGAUUGAAUGGGUCAGUUGAUUGUUGGGGUGGCGGAGGGGAGUAUUCAGUAAAUGAAAUAGAAGGGAUUUCGUUUGAAUCUAUUGUUUCGGGUUUGAAUUUCACUUGUGGAUUGACAAGAAGUAAUUUUUCAGUAAUGUGUUGGGGACCCGGAUGGUCUAAUAGAUCUACUUCAGGAUUUUUUGUUCCAUUUGGUGAGGAAAUUCUUCCAGGGCCUUGUGUACAAUCUUCUUGCUGGGAGUGUGGGAUUUAUCCGCAAUCUGAUAUAUUGUGUUCCGGUUCCGGUUCUGUUUGCAGGAGCAGUACUUCUUGUUUUAAUGUGGGUCAAUCACCACCGUUGAUUCCUCCUCCGGGGAGAACACCAUCGUCGCCACAUUCGCCUAGGACAUCUGAGGAAUUGACAAGGGGUUUAUUGGUGUUCGCCAUUGUGGGAUCAGUUGGUGCUUUUGCUGGUAUUUGUACUGUAAUUUAUUGUUUGUGGGCUGGAGUUUGUUUUGGGAACAAGAAAAUUCAUAAUUCUGUUCAACCAACUAUCACUAGAGCUGGUUCUAAUGGUGGGGCGGCGUCGAAUAAUAGUCUGCCUACUAGUCUUCCUUCACUGUCGUCUACAAUUAGGCGUCAGAGUUCGAGGGUAUUGAUGAUGAGGCGUCAGAGGAGUGGGACUUCAUCUACAAAACAUGCUGAUAGUGCAGAGGAAUUUUCAUUUGCAGAGCUUGCUGCUGCUACAAAUAAUUUUUCCUUGGAGAACAAGAUUGGUGCUGGUAGUUUUGGUGUUGUGUAUAAAGGGAAAUUAAUAGAUGGUCGUGAGGUGGCAAUUAAGAGAGGGGAGACGGGUCAAAUGACUAAGAAAUUUCAAGAGAAAGAGAGUGCGUUUGAAUCAGAAUUGGCGUUCUUGUCAAGGCUUCAUCAUAAGCAUUUGGUGAGGCUUGUUGGGUAUUGUGAAGAGAAAGAAGAGAAGCUCUUGGUUUAUGAGUACAUGAAAAAUGGAGCACUUUAUGAUCAUUUACAUGACAGAAACAAUGUUGAGAAGAGUAGUAGUGUGAUAAAUACAUGGAAAAUGAGGAUCAAAAUCGCGUUAGAUGCCUCUAGGGGAAUUGAGUAUCUUCACAAUUAUGCAGUUCCACCUAUAAUUCAUAGAGAUAUCAAGUCUUCAAACAUUCUAAUAGAUGCGCAUUGGACAGGAAGAGUUUCUGAUUUUGGAUUAUCAAUGAUGGGUCCUGAGUCAGAUCGUGAUUUCAGGCCAAUGAAAGCUGCAGGAACAGUAGGGUACAUUGAUCCAGAAUACUAUGGAUUAAAUGUUUUAACUGCAAAGAGUGAUGUGUAUGGGCUUGGUGUGGUAUUGCUUGAGCUUUUAACUGGGAAAAGAGCAAUAUUCAAGACCGAUGAAAAUGGAGGGGCUCCUGUAAGUAUAGUCGAUUUUGCGGUGCCAGCAAUUAUGGCCGGAGAAUUGGUUAAAAUAUUGGACAAAAGGGUUGGUCUGCCAGAGCUCAAUGAAGCAGAAGCAGUAGAGCUUGUGGCAUACACUGCUAUGCAUUGUGUGAAUUUGGAAGGAAAAGAAAGGCCUACAAUAACUGAUAUUGUUGCUAAUUUGGAGAGGGCAUUGACUCUCUGUGAAGACAGCCAUGGAAGCAUCUCUAGUGGUACAAACUCAAUUGUUUCUGAGUGAAAUUCAUUACAAAACAACAUUUUUUUUAUGGGGUUUAAUUCACAUUUCAACAUAUUUGGAUAAAUUUGUAUUGAAUUAGAGUUUUGGAGUGUAAAGAAAUUAGUUAGGAGGCUCUCAUCCUCUAACAUUGAGCUUGUAGUUACCGGUUUUUAUGAACACAAACAGCAAGGAGAAUGAUUAAAGGCUUCUUUUUCUUUUUCUUUCUUCUA